AUGUGCCACGGCCCCACUUCUGGGAAACCCCAAGCAUCGGUGCUGCACUACAUCGCGCGAGAAUGGCGAAUGCUUCCGUGCUGGGUUUUGGGCUAUGAGGCAUCCAACUCCAGAUAUUUGGUCGAGUUGGAGGAUGGAAGCCAAAAACAAGUCAAACGACUAGCUCUUCGGUUCAAUGCUGAAGAUCCUCAGAACUUUGCCUUGCGGGUGGAGACCUGUCGUGCAAAAAAAGCACAUUGUGAGCUACAACAGGCCUUCAUCAAGUUCAUUGAGUCGCAACCGGAUGAGUUGGUCUCACCGCUUCGUAGAGAGCAAAAAGAAAGGUUUAUCCGACAAGGCCUUCACAGAAGUCACUUGGAAGACUCGAACAGCUUUGUUGGACAUAUCCGUGACCUCAUCCGGGAGAUCGAAGAGAACUAUGUCCUGUCAAUGAAAUUUGCAAAAGUAAAGAAUGACCUGAUUCUAGAGAUGGGCACUCCGUAUGCCUGUGUUCGAGACGACACGCCUUUUGCACCAUUGUUGGGCAACUUCCUGCCUUGCAAGGCGCCACAGUAUGGCUUGGUGGCGCACCAGGCCUCUGAGCAAUCUGUGCUGGAGAUAGCAACUCAUUUGGUCCAGCAGCCCACCAUCUCCAGAAAUGUCAACGUUGUGACCAUGGCGGUUUGGCGUCGUUUCGGUGAGGAGAUUGACCGGCAUCGCAUCCUCGACACAAUGCCCUCUGGAAAAGUGGGAGAUCGUGGCAGUAGUGCAACCGGUCGUGGAAUAAGCGGCCAGGACUUUCGAACGCGAACGUUCGCACCCACAGACUUCAUUUUGCAUAUGGAGGAGCACAGAAAGGAUGUAGCAGUUAUCCUGGAACGCCAUUGGCGAGACUAUAUCGUUUCAGAGGUCCUCGACAAAAUGUCUGAAGUUAACAAUUUCUUUAUCGAGAAUCCGCAGAAGCACCUCAGGCAACCUUUGCACAGAAUUCUGCGGAAGUUUGACUUGAUCCUCUCGGCGCAGAUGAGAUGGUUUGUUCAGAUGUCUCUGACCGAUUGGGUUGCCUUUGUGCGUUCGUUUAUGCCGGAUGAUGAGCCGCUUCAGACACCCCUGCUUACGUUGAGCCUCGAGGCAACGCAUGGGGAGGUCGGAAUUGCACCGCAUCCAGAAGACCUGAAGCAGAAGAUCCUCGAUCUAAUCGAUGAUGUGACAAAGGUCACAUCUUCCAUCAUGAGCAUCGAGUAUGAGUUGGUACCUUUUUGCAACCUCCCGCAGCACUUGAUGUUUGAUCUCCAAUCAGAGGGAGCACGUCGUGAUGAAGCUGACAAAAAGGAGGUUGAAGAUGCUGCCCGUCUGGUGGGCGCACAAACGUUGCACUCAGGCCCUGUUGACGAAGGGCAACUUCUACGUGCUGCAAAGGCUGCAACAGCGGAGGUCAUCGAGGACUGUCUCUUUGGUCCUCGAGAAGUCCAGGCAAAGUACCAGAAAUAUGCAUAUCUAUUUCACGAAGAGGUUGGUGCCGACCUUGAUCCGCUAGAUGUCGAGUCUGUGCGAGUUCGAACAGAGGCUUACUUGCAGGCUGGGACGGAAAUUGAGAAGCUUACCACCGAGAUUGUGAAGUUUCCACUCUUCGAGCUGCAUUGUACGGACAUCAUUCAGCACAUGUCGCAGCGUGCCUAUCACCUUGCAGCCUGCUGCUUGGAGACCGUGGCGCAAAGCAUUCAGGAGCGCUCUCAAGCUGUGCUGAACGAAUGGCAAGAAACUCAUGAGCGGAUUCUCUCAAACCCUGAAGAUGAAGAGGAGCUUGCCAACCUCAAGCAGUUCAUGGCAGAUCUGCCCCAGCUGAAGACAAAGCCGCUGAUGCAAACAACCCGGCACAUUCACACCCAAAUCAACAUGCUAGCAGACUUCAGCUUCUUCAUAGACAAUGAGGUCGUCGAGCGUGCCUUUUCCUCGUUUGCUUGGCCAUUGCAGAUUCAGAUUGAUGUGGGCGAUUCGGAGCGAAGUCUGGACUCUCAAAAGCAGAAGUUUAUGGAAAAGCUGGAUCGAGAGAAGACUGAGUAUGAGCGUGACAUGGCAAGAUACCAGGAGGAUCUUGAGUGGGUCAAGAGUCUGAAUGAUUACUCUCUGGCCAUGAAGUGUGCUCAUCGAAUCUACUCGUUGCGGGAGAACCUGGACCGUGCCAAAGAGCGGGUUCAGAGCUUUUUGGACCGCGAGCGCUUGUUUGGCAUGGACGUCUCAGACUACUCUGUGGUGGAGAAUAUGACUGAGGCAUUCGAACCAUACUACAAGCUUUGGACCAGUGCCAUUGACUUCAAGCACUCAGAGGAAGAGUGGCUGACUGGAAUGGUGCAGAGACUGGUGGCGGAAGAAAUCGAGACCGUCGUUGAAGAUCAGUACAAGGAGAGCUACAAGACCAUCAAACAGUUCGAGGGAAAUGAAAACCCUCUUGCUGUGGCCAAGGACUUGCGCGAGGAGAUUUCUUCUUUCCGCGCCAACAUGCCUGUCAUCCGCGCCCUAUGUCAAGAGGCAUUCGAGCCACGACACUUUUCAGACCUGUUUGAAGAGCUGCGCUUGGACAUGGACAUGGAGGAUGGCAUCACCUUGCAGCAAAUGCUCGAAGUUGGUAUCCUGGACCACAUUGACACCCUGGAGCGAAUCAGUGUAAAGGCGCAGAAGGAACAUGGGUUGAAGACUGCCCUGACCAUGAUGAAGAAAGAGUGGAGGCCUAUUGAAUUUGGCUUGGUACCACACAGAUCGGGCACGCACAUGGUGAAGGGGAUUGACGAGAUUCAGGCAGUACUGGACGACCACAUUGUGAAAACCAUGGGCAUUCGUGGUUCUCCCUUCGUGGAGCCAAUUGAGAAGGAGGUCAAGGACUGGUUGGCAAAGCUGACACUCAUCCAAGACCUCCUGGAGCAAUGGCUGGCCAUGCAGCGUUCAUGGCUGUACCUUGAGCCCAUUUUCACCUCUGACGACAUCCAGAAGCAGUUGCCAGGGGAAGCCAAGAGGUUUCAACAGGUAGAUGUUCUUUGGCGCAGCACCAUGGAGACCGUGUCCGAAAACCCCAACGUUCUGGAUGUUUCAGAGAUCGAGAACCUUCUGGCAAGCUUUGUGGAUGCAAACAAAAAAUUGGAUGCGAUCCAGAAAGGACUCAACCAGUACCUAGAGAAGAAGCGCUUGGACUUCCCACGGUUCUUUUUCCUCUCCAAUGACGAACUUUUGAUGAUUCUUUCUCAGACGAAAGACCCAACAGCUGUCCAACCUCACAUGGGAAAGUGCUUCGAAGGAAUCAGCAGGGUCCGCUUCAACAAGACGAAUGAAAUCAUUGAAGCAAUGGCGUCAGUGGAGGGGGAAGUGGUUGAUUUGGCUCUGCCAGUGAACGUGGUUGAAGGGGAGAAGAAAGGAAAUGUAGAGAAGUGGCUCAUGGAAGUGCAAGGUUCUGCUGACAUGGUUGACAUGUUUGAAAUGAAGACGACGGAUGCGACAUUUCAUGCAGAUAUGAAGUGCUGGCCUUGCUGGACUCACGGCACUGGAAAGGCUCUCUGCGGCUGGCCUAAAGUGCAUCCUACUGGAGGCAUCCUCUUCACCAGGCUGCGUGGCCGGUUCUUUUGCGGCCGCUGGGUCGAGGAAGGAGCCAACUGGGUGCAAGGCUUGGGCACGAAUCCAGUUUGGCAGAAAGUCCAGCAACGCAGCUGCACCGUGAAGACAGAAGAUGGGAGCGAGAACAAGGUAGACUCGAAAGACCGUGUGAGUUUUCGUGGCCUUGGAAAAGCAGGGCCAGAAGACAUGACAAAGGAAGCAACGGAGCGCACAAAGGCCUUUGAGAAAGCAAUGAGUUUGGUGGAGGAUGAAGAAAGUGGAGAGGGUGGUCCUGACGGUCCUGACCAGGAUUUGGCACAAGCACUGGCACAGCAAGGUUGGGUACCAGCGUCUUCACCUAUUGACAUGGCCAUUGAGUUCAGAGAGAUUGACUUUGAGUACGGUGAGAGUCCAGAAAAGGUUUCCGUGCAGCACAACGUCCAUGGUGAGUUUACAUGGGACGACUUUGGUCCAGAUUCCUUCUUCGUGGAUGAUUGCCGUGGGUUGGCUUCAAUUUGUCCUGAAGUGCCAGAAGGAGUUGGAUCGUACUACAACUGUAUCGUCGAGGAGCUUAUCCAGUUGCCUGAUUGCGUACAGGUCCAAUGCAAGGAUGGGUUCAAGGUCUGGAGUCGAGUGGCACUUUGCACGGUGAGUGUUGGUGUCCUAAAUGCUCGGGACAUUCUCUUUGAUCCACCUCUGCCACUCCCUAUGCAAGAUGCAUUGAACUCAAUGACUAUGUGCAAUUAUACAAAGACAUUUGUGAAGUUGGAGUCUGCCUUAUGGGUGGAUGACGAGCAGUACGUUAUCAGGGUUGGAAAACCACGCGGACGGCACGUGGUGUGGCAACCGCUAGCACCUGAUUUGGUCAUAGUCACAAACACUGGGGAUGAGGGCAGGCGGGUGGAAAAGCUUGACCCCGAGGAGCUUAAAAGGGAGCUAGAAGGAUGUUUGUCAGAAAUGUACGAAAGACCUCCCAACAUCCUGGUGGCCGAGGCGACCAAAUGGUCUUCGGAUCCUCGAUUCAGAGGUUCCUAUUCAUUUUUGCCUACUGGAUCUAUGCCUGACGGCUGGGAUGUGGUGAACGAGAGACAUGGAAGGUGCUGCUUUGAUGCAAAAGGAGCAAUUGGUUCUGGAGAAGAUUCGGCUGACGCCAUUCUGCAGUUCUUGGGUCUGAAGCAAGAGGAUGCGAGCACGAAGUGGGUCUUGGAAUGGCCCGGACAGGUGGUCAUUUGCAUUGACAACAUCUACUGGACACAGGAGGUUGCUGCUGCAAUCGAGUCUGGCAAAUUGGAGGAGUAUCACCAGAAGUCUGUAGACCAACUGACCGGCUUGGUGAACUUGGUGCGUGGUGACCUCUCCAAGCUGGGCAGGCAAACGCUGGGAGCGUUGGUCACCAUUGAUGUGCACAAUCGCGAUGUUGUUCACAGCCUGAAAGAUGCCAAAAUUUCAUCUUCCAAGGAAUUUGACUGGAUCGCACAAUUGCGAUACUACUGGCGUCAGAAGGGUUCCAUCACCCUCAAGGACACUGGGAAGGCAAGCACAGUGGACAAAUGCGAGGUCUCCAUCAUCAAUGCAACGUUGUACUAUGGCUUCGAAUACCUGGGGAACAGCGAUAGACUUGUGAUCACACCUUUGACAGAUCGGUGCUACCGUACGCUCAUGGGUGCCUUUCAUCUCUACUAUGGUGGCGGCCCAGAAGGUCCUGCCGGGACUGGCAAGACUGAGUCCACAAAGGACCUUGCGAAAGCAGUGGCAGUGCAGUGUGUUGUCUUCAACUGCUCAGAUGGUCUGGACUAUGUUGCAAUGGGCAAGUUCUUCAAGGGCAUUGCUUCCUCGGGAGCCUGGUGUUGCUUUGACGAGUUCAAUCGCAUCAACUUGGAGGUGCUUUCUGUGGUGUCGCAGCAGGUGCAAACGAUCCAAUUUGCUAUCCGGGACAAGAAGGACAUCUUCUACUUUGAGGACACGCAAAUUAAGCUGAUUCCAUCCUGUGCUGUGAACAUUACAAUGAAUCCAGGCUACGCGGGACGAUCAGAGCUGCCAGACAACCUGAAGGCACUUUUCCGUCCGUGCGCGAUGAUGGUUCCUGACUACGCCCUUAUUGGUGAGAUCGUCCUGUAUUCCAAUGGCUUUGAAGAUGCAAAGAACCUUGCUCGAAAGGCAGUCGGAAGCCUCCGGCUGAGCUCAGAGCAGCUGUCUUCGCAGGAGCACUACGAUUUUGGGAUGCGGGCCUUGAAAUCAAUUCUUGUGAGGGCGGGGGCACUUCGCCGGAUUUACGGAGCCACACGUGAAGAGCAAAUUUUGGCGCUCUCUGCGUUGAACGAUGUCAAUCUGCCAAAGUUCACCCGCAACGACAUUCCUCUGUUCCUGGGCAUCACUGGAGAUCUCUUCCCCGAGGUGGAGCUUCCUCCAUCAGACUAUGGAGUCUUGAUCAAUGAGCUGGAGGGCAGUGCUCGGAGCCUGAUACUGCAGCCAGAGGAAGGCUUUAUCAAGAAGUGUAUCCAACUCUGGGAGACAAUCAUGGUGCGUCAUGGAUUGAUGCUUGUUGGCCAAACUGUGUCUGGCAAGACAGAGGUGGAAAAUGUGCUGGCUGCUGCACUCGGGGCUGUGGCAGAUGGAGAGAACUAUUUGCCGGUGCAGAUCCACAAGAUCAACCCCAAGUCCAUCAAACAGGGGCAACUUUAUGGCGAAAACGAUGAGGGAACUCAAGAAUGGACGGAUGGAAUCCUUGCCCUCACCGUCCGGUAUGCAUCGUCGGCUGAGCAGACCAAGCGCCAGUGGAUCCUGCUGGAUGGGCCCGUUGAUGCAGUUUGGGUGGAGAAUCUGAACACCGUGCUGGAUGACAACAAAAAGCUUUGUUUAAACAGUGGCGAGAUCAUCAAGCUGACGCCGGUGACGACCAUGAUGUUCGAGGUAGAAGACUUGGCUGUGGCAUCACCAGCAACAGUCUCUCGGUGCGGCAUGGUGUUCCUCGAGCAGCAAGACAUUGGUUGGCAGGUGCUGAUGCUCUCUUGGUGCGAGCGUUUGCCCGAUCGGCUCAAAGAUCAGAGCCCCCUGCUGCAGGAAAUUAUGGAAUACUCGGUGGAGAGCUCGUGGGAAAUGGUGUCUCGCAAAGUGAACAAACCUGUACCAGUGAGCUUGAACUGGCUGGUGCUCAACUUGCUUCAUCUUUACUGGGCUUUGAUCCAGGCUGAGAUUCCGCUCGAUCCAAGCACCAAAGACCUGCCGACGAAGGAGAAGGAAAGCAAACUGGAGGCAACCGAUGCAAGGAUGAGAAAGUGCUGGAAAUGUCUGUCAAAUAUAUCAAAGGAUCUGUGGAAUCAAGGUACUAGAAGAGUUCUUCUGGCCACAGUUUGA